CUGAUUUCUCACUUGUGCGUUCCAUGCCGAUCAUCUGCUACACGACCCGAAUCGACUUCGAACGAUUUUGCUAGGGUUCGAGGUUUUCGCUCUAUGGUUUUGUUUCCAGAAGAUUUAUUACAUCUCGGCUAUAGUUGAAAUGCUCUUCUCAUUCUAAGGACAGAGUCUCCAGUGUACUCGUGUUGUCGUCUACGACAUAUUGGUCGGAUAAUCGGAGGGGUUCAGAGAAAUAUCAAUGAUGGGAAGCGAUUCAACAUGGGUGGGACGGAAACCAGUGAGACGCCUGGGUGGGAUGUCGGAUGCUCUUUCCAUUGCAGCUGAUCUGGGCUUCUCGGUCUCUCCCCCUCCCUCACAGGAAGAGAUCCAAUGUUUUUCCAGUGGCUCUGGUGAAAAGAGUGAUGACUUGGUAAGGGUGCUGAAGGAGCUCACUGCUGUCCAAAGAAAAAUUGCAGACCUGCAAGUGGAGCUUCAGGGCAGAAAGGAGGAUAAGAACAUUGCCCAUCUAACACAUGUUAGUGAAAUGGAGAAGAAGACCGAGACUCUGGCGAGAAUCACCACCAUUCUGAAAGAUGUGAUUCAGAACAAGGACCGCAUAAUUGCUCGGCUUCAGCAACCAUAUUCAUUGGAUUGCAUACCAGUGGAAGCAGAGUAUCAGAAACAGUUUUCUGAGCUACUGAUGAGGGCGGCUAGCGACUACAGUGCAUUGACCACAUCUGCAGCCGACUUCCAUUGGAGCCAAAGUUUCAAAGACCCGCCAACGACAUGGGCAGAAAUGCUUCGUCCUAUCCCUGUCGCAUUGGCUUCCUGCACCAGAUUCUUUGAAGCCAUGUCUGCAAUGAGGGAGUCAUUUUCUACACUUCAAGCUUUAAGAGCCGGCCCUCUUUCCUCCAGUGCAACACCAAACAAGGCUCCUUCUCAAAGAGAACCUUGGAAAGAUUCACAUUGUGUGACUCCACCAUUGAGAACGGAAACCAGUUUUGAUGAUUUGGCCAUUAAAAGCCAAGGGCAAGAAAAUGAACAAGUUACAAAGGGCAGGGAACAUGGUGGUGGUGGCGUUGAAAGCCGUAGACUAUCAUGGCCUACUCCGGUUAAAAAAUACUCCGAGUUUUAAUAAUUAACAACGAUACUCCUAGAAUUUUCGUAUGUUUACACCACUGCUCCAACAUUCUUGACGUACUUUUACAUUGAUGCAUCCAAAAUUUGGAGCAGAGAUAAACAUCUACUCCGGGUAUAAAUUAUUGGAACAACCGAACAACAAUGUAAACAUAUGAAAAAUAUUGGGAUUAUCGAUGUCAUUUAUUGAACCUCAAAGUAUUUAUGUAAAAUUGUGCAAAUUUGGGAGUAAUGAUGUGGUUUUUUUUCUGAAAAAGUUUGGUAUGUAGCUAGUCAUGAUU